AUGCUGCUGCUGCACCUGCUUCUGCUGGCCACCGGCCACGCGGCCGCCGGCCCCACUGCCGGCUAUGCUUCCUACACGGUGGUCACCCCAAGGGAGCUGCCCACGAGGGCGGGCAAGGCUGCCCGAGAGCAGCUCUCUUACCUCAUCCAGGCGGAAGGGAAGGACUACGUGGUCCACCUGCAGCGGAAGGCCCUCCUGGCGAAAAGGUUCCCCGUCGCCACGUAUAACAGCAGUCAGCGCGUGGAGGGCCACCACGAGGUCCAGGGCGACUGCUACUACCACGGGUACGUGGAGGGUGCCGGGGCGUCCUUCCUAAGCCUCCGGGCUUGCCCGGGGCUCAGCGGCCUCCUCCAGAUCGAGGACCUGACCUACGGCAUCAGUCCCCUGCAGGGCUCCCCUGCCUUCCAGCACCUCCUUUACCGAGCAGAGGAAGGCGCCCCCAGCUCAAGGGCCGGCCGGCCGCGCGGCAAGGCGGAGCGCCAUGCCGUGCCUGCCGCGGGGCGCAGGCCGGCUCCCAGCAAGGGGAGCCUGGCUCACCUGCAGAGGCACACCAAGUACAUGGAGCUUUUCGUGCAGGUGGAUGUGCGCCUGUUCCGCUUCUACGAGGCAGACGUGCAGGCCACCAUCCAGAACGUCAUCCACCUCAUUGAAAUGGUGGAUGACAUGUUUGCCACUCUGGGUCUCCGUGUCCUUCUGGUUGGGGUGGAGAUAUGGACGGAGAGGAAUCUGGUUCCAGUCACGGACUACGUGCAGCUGACUGUGGGGCAAUUCAACGCGUGGCGGGUCCUGACCGUGCGCCCUCGGCUGCGGCACGACGUCGCUCUGCUCCUGGCCCACCACGGCACGGGCGGCUCCACCGUGCGGUACUCGUACCUCGGAACCGUCUGCAAGACGAACGCGGCGGUCGCCUUCGUAUCCGCCAGGAACGUGACCGGCUUCUUGUUUGCGCUCGGCAUCGCGCACGAGCUGGGCCACGUGAUCGGCAUCCCGGACGACCCGUCGCCAACCUGCUACUGCGCCCCCAAGCUCCGGUGCAUCAUGAACGCCAGGGGCCCGCACGCGAGCUACCCCCGGUUCAGCAACUGCUCCACCAACGCUUACUUGGACAUCCUCCAUGCCAAGAAAGUGCCGUGCCUGAGCACCACGCCGGCCGUGAGCAAAAUAUUCGCCCUGAGCUCCUGUGGGAACGGCAUCGUGGAAGGAGAGGAGCAGUGCGACUGCGGGGUGCGGCCGGCGUGCAAGCAGAGCGGGUGCUGCCGCGAGGACUGCACUCUGGCGCCCAGGGCCACCUGCACCACCGAGGCGUGCUGCGUGGGCUGCCAGCUCGCGCCCAAAGGAGCGCUCUGCAGGAAAGCUUCCGACGAGUGCGACUUGCCCGAAUACUGCAGCGGGGCGGCGGCAGACUGUGCCCCCGACGUCCUGGUGCAGGACGGCACCCCGUGCAGCGACGACGGCUACUGCGUGGCCGGGACCUGCUCGACCCACACGCUGCAGUGCCAGAAACUCUUCAGCGGGCAGGCGGCGGGCGCGCCCCCCGCUUGCUUCGAACGGGUCAACGCGGUCGGGGAUCGGUUCGGCAACUGUGCUGGCAAGCGGGGGGAGGAGGUUCCCCCAAACUUCCCCAGGUGUGCCCGGGAGAAUGUGCUAUGCGGCCGGGUGCAGUGCGUCAACGUGCACACCCUCCCGAACAUGGAGGAGAGCACGACCGUCAUCCAGACCCCCGUCGGCAAGGCCGUCUGCUGGGGCUUGGCCUCCUCCUCCUCCGGAACGGCCCUCGCCGACAUCGGCGUCGUGGAAGAAGGCUCCAGGUGCGGCAAGCGCAAGGUCUGUGUGAACCAGACGUGCACGCCUGUGGAGACCUGGGCGGCGGCCCGUGCGGCCUGCGACCCCUCGGCGACCUGUGGCGGGAACGGCGUGUGCAACUCCCGGCAGCACUGCCACUGCCGCUACGGCUGGGCCCCGCCGGCUUGCCGCUCGCCCGGCUACGGGGGGAGCCUCGACAGCGGGCCCCUGCCCCGCACCCGGACCUACAGCCUGGCCUCCGUGGUGGUGGGGGUCGCGGUGGCCACGCUGCUGGCCGUGGCUGCUGGAGGCCUCGUUGCCUGGGGGGUGAGGGAGGCGGUGCUGGCCAGGGCCCUGCGCAAGGGCCAGCCCCAGGCAGAGGGGGCCAGUCCCGCCUGA